AUGGCUUACAACAAGUCCUACAACCCCGAUGCGCUGCCAGCUCACGCUGAGCCAGAAGAGGUCGCGCAGAUGUUAGGCAACAUGAAUGUAUCAGGCCAAAGCCACGCUCCGAGCCACGCCCCGAGCCACACCCAGAGCCUCAACCAAAAACCGCUCCCUUCUCGCCCACCACCGCAAACAACUCACAGCAGCGGUGUUCCUCCCCGAGUUCCUGUAUCCAGCGCUCCCCCGCAGCACGCAUACGCCGCAGCGCCCCCACGCCUUGAUCCCCAACCCCACCAGUCCCACUCCCACUCCCACUCCUACAGCGGCCGCUCCUCUUCAGCAAACGCGCCUCCGCCGAGCCAACCCCCAAGCCAGUCUCAGUCUCGACCUCACCCUCUACACCCCUCCCCGCCACCCCAAAACUACGGGUUCGGCCCCCCGCCAGUGCACCCCCAGCGCAACCGGCCCCCGCCCUCAUCACGGCCUCCUCAAUCGCCCGUCCCACCGCCAUUGACAGCACCCAGCGAUGACCCCCAACAACUCUUCCCUCUCUUCCGCGCCGCGAACGCAUCCCACUCCGGCGCCCUCACAGAAGGGGAGCUUGGCAGCGCGCUCGUGAACGGCGACUACACGUCCUUCCACCCGCGGACAGUCAGGCUGAUGAUCCGGAUGUUCGACCGUGACGGCAGCGGGACAAUCAACUUCGACGAGUUCGUCUCGUUGUGGCGGUAUCUGGCUGCGUGGCGGGAGCUGUUCGAUCGUUUCGACGAGGACCGCAGUGGACGUGUUAGUCAGCCAGAGUUUGAGAAGGCGCUUGUUGCGUUCGGAUACCGUCUUAGUGGGAAGUUUAUUUCUAUUAUCUUUGGUGUUUUUGAAGGCAAGGCCAAGCAGAUGAGCAAUACGCCUAAGGAUUCUAGGUCUACUGGUAUGAGCUUUGAUCUUUUCGUUCAAGCUUGUAUUAGUCUGAAGCGUAUGACGGAUGUCUUUAAGAGAUAUGAUGAUGAUCGGGAUGGGUAUAUUACUCUGAGCUUUGAAGAAGCUUUGACUGAGAUUCUUCUAUUGCAGGAGUAA